GAGUUUCUUUCAGAUUGAAAACCAGUGAUUUAAAGUUGAAGCUUAUGAGCUUUUAAGCAAGUGGUUUAAAUUGGAAAGGUAACAUGUUCCACUACAGAUCAGAUUUUCUCUCAUAUACAAUGUACUGAUGUAAAAUUUUACCAAGAAAUUAAAUUCCCACUUACUAAGAACAUUGUGCUAAUGGCUUUAGUGCUGGGAAGGAUUCUACACAUUUGCCUCUUGCUUUACAGUUUAUCAGGCUUGCUCUUCACAGUAACCCCGUUAAGAACUGGCUUCAUUUGCCAGCGAGGAAACCAGUGCUUCAAUCAAGGUUCACCUGAUGUUAUGCCUUAGUUCCCUAGAACUUGGACUUGAGCUUAGGUCUUCUGACUCUAGCACUUUCUUUCCUCAGGGAUUUCUUUUAAGACAGAUACAAUUAUUACAGGACAAAACUGGACAGAGUGCUGUAGGACCUCCAGAGAGGGAAGAAUAUACUUUGAGCAGGAAGAUAGAAUGUGUCUGGUAGGGGGACAGUUAAUUGGUUUGGCGGAUUGAAGGGCCAUUUGAUGCUAAGCUUAGAGAUGUGAGUCAGCAGGUGGAAAUGAGUUUGUGAGAGUGGAGAAGCCAGAGGGCAGUACCAAUUAACCUGAUUUCCAGCAAAGUGGGAAGGUAAAUUUAGAACGAUUGAGAGGAGGCAAUUGAAGAAAUCAUAGAGGAGUUACGAGGUAUUACUGCUAUAGCUUACAGUUGUUAAAUUAAAGUGAGUGAAUGCUUGAACUCUGGUGAAGUUUUGAGCCAGGGGCUUGGAGAGGUGGAAAGACUUACUGAGGAAGAAGGAAGUUUCAGCUUUGAUACUCCUGAAUUACCACUGUGCCAUCCUAUGAAGGCUGCUGCCACUCUAUCCCUUACUCUGAUGCUGUCUAAAUGGAGUUCAACCCAGCUGUCAACUUUGCUCAGCCUGGAGUACUUGGGUACUUUGAAUUCAGUGGCUCACCCCAGCCUCCUGGCUAUUUGACCUUCUUCACCUCAGCGUUAUAUUCAUUAAAGAAAGAUUACCUAGGAACAGUACGAUUUGGGGUUAUCACAAAUAAACAUCUUGCGAAACUGGUUUCCUUAGUACACUCUGGAAGUGUGUAUUUACAUAGACAUUUCAACACAUCACUUGUCUUUCCCAAGGAGGUCAUGAACUUCACAGCUGAGAACAUCUACAAGUGGGCUUCAGAAAACCGAGAGAUGCUCUUGCAGUGGCUGCAGCCCCAUGGAGGCAAGAGUCUCCUGCUGAAUAACGAGCUGAAGAAGGGACCAGCGCUCUUCCUGUUCAUACCAUUCAACCCUUUAGCCGAGAGGCAUCCCUUAAUAGAUGAGAUCACCGAAGUGGCCUUGGAGUACAACAACUGUCACGGGGACCAGGUGGUGGAACGCCUCCUUCAGCAUCUGCGGCAGGUGGAUGUACCGGUGUCGCAGUCCCUGGCACCAAAACCACCGUCCCUGCUGCCAGGCACAUCGCUGACGGCAGCAUUGCCUUGCUGCAACACCGUGGUGCUGCCCCAGGGACAUUCCUUUUCCAGGACCCACAACAUCUGUGAGCUGUGUAUCAACCAGACUGCUGGGGGCAUCCGGCCGAGCUCAGUCAGUGUGCCACAGUGCAGCUUCUUCCAGAUGGCAGCAGCUCUGGAUUCCUUCUACCUCAAGGAGCAGACCUUUUACCACAUGGCAUCGGACAGCGUGGAAUGCAGCAAUUUUUUAGCUUCCUAUAGCCCUUUUAGCUAUUACACUGCAUGUUGCAGGACCAUAAACAGGGCCAGGGUGAGCUUCAUUGAUUCUGAACAAAGUAUCUUUGAAAGCCCGGGUGCUGUAUUUUCUUCCCUGGAGAAGAAGUGCGAGGCUGCCACCCCCAUCUCCGUUCCUCAUAUUGAGGAGAACAGGUAUCUCUUCCCUGAAGUGGGCAUGACCAGCACCACCUUCACAGGCCUGAGCUGCAGAACCAACAAGACCCUGAACAUCUACCUUUUGGAUUCCAAUUUAUUUUGGUUAUAUGCAGAGAGACUGGGUGCUCCAAGCUCCACCCACGUGAAAGAAUUUGCCACAAUUGUUGAUGUGAAAGAAGAGUCUCACUAUAUCUUGGAUCCAAAACAAGCACUCAUGAAGUUCACCUUAGAAUCUUUUAUUCAAAACUUUAGCAUUCUCUACAGUCCCUUGAAAAGGCAUCUCAUUGGAAGUGAUUCUGCCCAGUUCCCUUCUCAGCAUUUAAUCACUGAAGUAACAACUGAUACCUUUUGGGAAGUCAUCCUUCAGAAACAGGAUGUUUUGCUGCUCUAUUAUGCACAGUGGUGCGGCUUCUGUCCAUCCCUCAAUCACAUUUUCAUCCAGCUCGCUCGUCUCCUGCCAGUGGAUACAUUCACUGUGGCCAGAAUCGAUGUGUCUCAGAAUGAUCUUCCUUGGGAAUUUAUGGUUGACCGGCUUCCUACCAUCUUGUUUUUCCCCUGUAACAGAAAGGACCUAAGUGUGAAAUACCCCGAAGACCUCCCCAUCUCCCUUCCGAAUCUGCUGAGAUUCAUCUUGCAUCACUCAGACCCUGCUGUGGCCCCCCCCAAUGUGGCCAGUGCCCCUCCCAGAGGCUGUCUCCAGAGCGAGGCAGCCUUACAGCAGGGGCACAUUGUCCACUUGGAGAGAGAGGUCCAGAAACUUCGAGCAGAGUUACGCAGCCUGCACCAGGCCCAGGUGCAGGUGGAGGGGCAGCUGUCCAGCGCCCGCAGGGAUGAGCGCUGGCUACGGAGGCAGCAGCAGGCCCUGCAGCAGCAGCACAGCCUGCUGCGGCAGCACAGCGAGCAGCUGCAGGCCCUGUAUGCACAGAAGGCCCGAGAGCUGGAAGAGCUGGCUGAUGCCUCAGAGACCCUCCUCACUGAGAACACGUGGCUCAAGAUCCUGGUGGCCACCAUGGAGAGGAAGCUGCAGGGCCAAGACAGGGCUGAGGACCCAGCCCCGCCAAGAGAAGCACACCCUGACCACCCCGAGCCUGCAGGUGCCCCCCUGCUACCCGGCGGCAUUCCCCCACCUUCCAAUGCCAGCUCCCCACUGCCAUCUGAGAGGAAGAAUGAGAACAGGACAGACUAACUUGAAAUAAUGAAGGAAUCAAGAGGUGAAAACUGUACAUUGGGAAUAUAUUUAUGCAAAUUUUAUUGAAACUUAUUGUAAAUAAAGAUUUUUCUCAGUGGUCUAGAAAAUGAA